GUCUUCUUUAAUGUCCCGCUAGUGACGCACCUAUGUGCUCCUCCACCCUGUCGCUCACACAAGAGUGAAGAAAGGUAAACAUCAAAAAUACAAGGUUGUGUCGUUAGUGGAUUGCCUGUCUGGUAUUCAGCUGUGCUGCAGUCAUAUAAUACGAGCUGAGAGACGACUGAACAUCCAGACUUUCAAUCCUUCUCACCAUGUCGCAGCCCAUCCAUAACCACCAUGAAGGAGCCUACGUCUCUCUGAUGAGAGGCAUGAGAGAGCUGGACCUCUGCGGCCCUUGCAACCCCAGUGACCUGGUGCUGAUUGGAGACCAUGCUUUUCCUUUAGCAAUGAAUAGCCAAGGCCAGGUCCUCAUGGCUGCCUCCCUGUACGGUAAAGGAAGGAUAGUAGUCCUGGGUCAUGAAGGCUAUCUGACCACCUGUCCUGCUCUGGUAGAGAGCUCUUUGGUCUGGCUUAGAGGAGAGGAAUCUGAAAACCAAUCUGUAGGGGUCCACAAGAAUGUCAAGGCGGUCGCUGAUAAUCUCAGCAAAUCCAGCUUCCAAACCAAAGUUGUGGGCGACUUUAAUAAAAGUUUGGGGGUCGGCGUGUAUGUGACCGAUGCCUACAGCGUGGGUAAAGAUGUGAAGGAGCUGGUGGCUUUCAUGAAAGCUGGGGGAGGAGUGCUGAUAGCGGGGCAGGCGUGGGAUUGGGCUAAGAAGCACCCGAAGAAGAACACGCUGCUUCUGUUUGAGGGCAACAAGGUGUCUGGUGUGGCAGGGAUCUACUUCUCUGAGCAUGAAGGUGUGGCAGAGUGCAUCCCUGUGCAUCCACAGAUCCCAGCUUCCUGGAUGGCUGUAGUGAUUGGAAAGGAUUUCCAGGAUGAUCUGGAGUGCCUACUGGAGGGGGUUAAAGAGUUUGACCUGCAGGGCAAUGCCAUCAGUUCUGAGAUUCUGGUCCACGGCCCGCUGGCCUUUCCCAUUGGGUCUACAGCUGAUGGACGGGCAUUCAUAGCAGGGGCUUACUAUGGGCAAGGACGCGUCAUUGUGCUGACACAUGAAGGACAUCUGGGGCGAGAGAGCCUGUCUACAUUUUUUAGCAAUGCCCUCCACUGGUUGGAUGAAGGCCGUAACGGUGUUGUUGGUAUCGGGCCAAAACAUGCACUCAACAAUUUUAGUAAAUCAGGGUUAAAAUGUGAAUUAUCCAACUUCAAAGACGACCUUAGUGUGUACGUUUGUACGACGUACAGCGAUGCUCAAGCAGAGGAAAUUCGAAACUUUGUGGCAGAGGGAGGAGGCCUGCUGAUGGCUGGACAUGCCUGGUACUGGGCGCAGACUCACCGUGGGAAAAACCCCUUAACAGACUACCCAGGGAACCAUAUCCUAAACAAAAUGGGCUUGAGCAUAAUGGGCUCAACAAUCGGCGGAGGUUUAUACAAGGCUCCUGAGCCCUGCAGAGCCAAAGAAAUCUACCACUUCCGCCAGCUGCUGCGCCGCUUUGCCGGCCAUGUUACCAAUGGAGAAAAACUGAGCAAGCAGGAAGAGGGGUGUCUGAAAAAACUGGGCCAAGAUUGUGCAGACUUCUUGCACAUGAACGCUCAUGACUGCUGCUCCUACACACAGGUGGUUUCCACCCUCACAGAUCUCAUAAUGAAGUCAGGCAUGCCUCAAGUGUGUGACACCUGCCCUGUGAAGAAUCCUAAAGACCACCUGCUCCUUAAUGUGGCGCCAGAGGUGUACAAGGUCUGCCAAAAUCCUGAUGCCCUUCUGCCCCACCUCAUCAAGGAAAAUCCCAUAAUGCCAGUACUCUACGACCAUGUCAUCAAGAUAGAUGCUGACACAGCAGGAGGAGAAGAGUGGAUCAGCACAGGUCUUUACCUCUCUCCUGGUAUGAAGACCUACAUGGCCUUGCCACCACAGAUUGUCAACAAAGGAUGGCAGGUCCAAAUUGGCUGCCAAACAGACCGUCUCAAGUCUGAUGUGCUGAAGAGAGCUCCCUGUGUUCAUGAGAGAUUCCCCGUGAACUCACCAAUGAUGCUUGUGUGGAACCUGUGGGGGGGACUCAUCUACCUGGUCGCCCCACCCAAAACUAAAGCGGAAGGACUCGAAGUCAAAGUGCAGAUAGCUGUACCUGCGCCAUACUAUAAAGCUGGCGUGACAACUCCAGAUCAGUGGUCACUGCUGCGUACGGCUCCCUCACCUUGGGCAGAGUUGGAGUUUGCCAACAUCAUCCUGACUGUACCCUCUGAUGUUGUCCGGGACCUGGACCGCCCUGAUGAGUUAGCAGUGCUCUGGGAUGACAUCAUGAAGGGCAUCGCUGACCUGGCUGUCAUACCUCAUAAAUUUAAACGCAAAGAACGCUUUGUGGCAGAUGUGCAGAUUUCCCACGGUUGGAUGCACGCAGGAUAUCCCGUCAUGGUGCACAGGGCCACAGCACGGGACAUUGUCAGUGUCAACCAUGCUAAAACUAAAGGCUUGUGGGGCCCCAUCCAUGAACUGGGACACAACCAACAGAGAGGCUGCUGGGAAUUCCCACCACACACCACAGAGUGUACAUGCAACCUGUGGUCUGUGUAUGUGCAUGAAAAUGUGCUGGGGCUCACCAGGGACAAGGCUCAUCCAGGAAUGACUCCGGAUGGGCGAAACAAACGCGUUGAGGACUAUGCCAAGGGGGGCAAGAAACUCAACACCUGGAGUGUGUGGACAGCUUUGGAGACGUACUUGCAGCUCGAGAAGAAGUUUGGCUGGGAUGCCUUCAAGAAGGUGUUUGCAGCCUACCACAAGAUGAGCAACUUUCCAAAGGAUAACCAGGGGAAGAUGAACCUGUACGCUGAGACCUUCUCCCAGACUGUGAACAUGAACCUCACUGCAUUCUUUAAGUCCUGGGGCUGGCCCAUAGUCAAAGAAACAGAGGAGAAACUUGCCAGUCUCCCUCUGUGGAGUGACCAUCCCAUGGUCAAGUAUGACUGAGCUUCAAACUGUUGAUGAUUGAAGGCGUAAAGAAGUAGAUGUUAUGACAAAGUAAUUCCUGACAUUUUUGGGGCUUAUUCACAAAGGCAGAGCAAGUUUCCUCAGAACAGUUAAACACAGAGCAGUAAGAAUAGCAUCAAUCCAAAUUAAGCAAUUAAAACAACUUAAUCAGCAUGUAUAUAGGGUUUAAAAUGAGCACAUUCACUCUUUUCUAUGGCACUAGCAACAUACUCAUUUUUGUCCUCUUAGGCAUACAAGUCAAGCUUCCAUAUUAGUACUUCCAUAUUAGUACUCACUGUAGCAUCCUGCUCUUACAGUGAUAAAAUUAAGGACUCAAAUGCAUCUUUGAAUGUCUCAUUUCAUUCCCAGACAGCUCAGUUGACAGUCAAAAGUAAUACACAGCAUCUGACAGCAAACAUUAAACUUUUUUGUUUUUUACAGUUUUUUAGUGAUUUAGCAAAGAUCAACAAAGUUGAUCUAUGAGAUCAACUUUGAUCUCCCCUUUCAUCCCCACUGAUGAAAGGGAGUGGGUGGAGAGGAACAUUAGUAUUAAAAGCAGGUCAUUCUGAGAAAGGCUGUUAAGAAAGGCCUCCCCUGGUGCUUAAACCAUAUGUUUUGACAAAGCAUGACACAAAUGUUUUAACAAGACCACAGGAGACCAUAUUAAAAGGUGGGGAAACUGUAUGAUAUUUUCCCUGCAAAUAAAACAAGGUUAUCAUCCAAACAGGAAGUUAACUAACCUUAGUGUAUGCACAACUUAAAGUAAAGAAUAAAAAUGACCAAAACUCUCUUGGCUUAAUGCAGUGGUAACCUUUUUUUCCAUUCAGUGCCCCCUACUUAUAUCUAAGCAGAGCGUGUGACACUGCUAUAGGAAACCUCUUUUUAAGUAAGCUUGUUAAUUAGGGGAAAGAUGCUGUUUGGCCUCUGAUAGUGCAAUGAAUCACACAACACUUGGAACAAUAAUCAGUGCAGUUUUUGCGAUUUAUUGUCAAAAAUUGUCUGGUAAUAACAAGUGCAAAUAUGCCAAAUGAAAGACGCUACUGACUUAUGUGAUAUUGUGCAACACUGUUAUCAACUGGACUUUUAUUCUAGUUUCAUUUAUUUGCAUUGGAAAGGCAGACUUUUCUUCAAAUAAAGACAUACGUAUUAGAUAACUGAAAAUGUAAACUCUAGUGACGGAAAAAUAUGUGCAAUAUUUUAGCGAAAUGACUACUAAGAAUUUAGAGACUUAUUGAGUUCACUGACAUUUUUCCUUUUUGAUUGUACUCAUAUUUUAAAUGUAUUUUUUGCAAAUUUAAAGAAAGGUGCAAAGGGUUGAAAUGGAUAGACAUGGUUAAACAGAUACAUUUAGUGUGUAAAUGAAGAAUCCCACAGAGGAAUAAAUGCAUUUGUAAAAUACUUGAAACCAAAGUAAGAAACUGAGAGGUCAAAUAAAAAAGUUUCCAACCUUUAAUUUUGAAAAUAAAAAUGCUGUUUGAUUUUGGAAAACAGCACAAAUACUCAUGCCUCAGUGAAAGCCAUAGCUUCUUAUUUGUCAUAAACCUUUUACUUUAUUCUUCUCGUCUCUGUCCUCAGCACUUUUCAAGAGAUUUGUAGCCUGAUUGGUAUGAAUUUUGGAAAUUAUUUUAGCUGAUAGCAGAUCAGUCAUUCCUAACAGAAAGGGGUUGUGUUUCAGGUCAUUACUCUGAAGCUUUUACAGAUUUAUUUUGAUAUAUUUCUGAUGUUUUGUUGUAAUCUGCAUUCUUCCUUUCUGCAUACUUUCCUCUGGUGUCACAUUUGAUAUACAUACAUUUCUCAGGCUAUAAGAAAAGUCCAGGUUUUUAAUUUUACUACACUGAUAUUUGCCUUA